AUGGAGGCGCACAACGCGUCGCCUGCCUCCAUCGGCAGGGCUCCGCCUGCAGAGGGGGGUACUGCAGCAGCUUCUUCGCCUCCGUCAUUUUUUCCUCCUUUUUCUACGUCGUCGAGCGAAGCGUUGCCUCGUACCAAUGCAGGGAGUCCGUACUCCCACGCGCCUUCAGGUGUCGCUGGCGGUGGCCCCAGCGACGGCGCGCAGGCUGCGAAUUCGGCGUCUCUCGCGCCUACCUCUUUUGCAAGCCCGUCUGUAGGCUCCUCUUCGCAACAUUUCACCUCUGCAGCCUGUUUGCCGUCGCCUGCCGGCGCCGCCGCGACUCACGCAGCAGGCCGCAGCCCGCCGGACUUGCUUGCUUCUGGAGGCGAGCGGCGGACUGUGCCUGUUGCGGUUCCGCCCUUCUCCUCUCCGUCGUCGCCUGCGGCUUCGGUCGUCUCCUCAGCGUCCCUCGUGUCGGCUGUCUCUGCGUGUCCUGGCGGAGAGGAGGCAGGAGGCCCUGCGAAGCGGACGCGGCCUCCCUCGUCUCCAGACGCGUUUUCUCCGUCUUCCUCGGCGGCUUGCUCGCAGGCCAGGCGCCCCGAGGGGGCCCCUGCAGCAGACGGCCGCGCGACCCUGUCCCCCAAGCGGCGCCUCGUGACGCCGCCGGCCGCCGUGAAGACCGAGCUCGACGGGCUGGCAGGGCAGCUCACCCCGCCUGGGGAGAAGAAUGAGCGGACGGCCGAGGGACUGGGUGCGCACAGCGACCCGGGAGGCCCGCCGCGACACACGAGCCUGGGGGGGGCUCCGAUCGCGCCGCGCCAGGCAGGUGAAGCGCAGAAGGGCGUUUCUCCCAAGACGGAAGGCGCGGCGAAUGGAGGCGCGAGCCUCGACCCCCAAGAGCCCAGACAACACGUCCCUGGCGACCCCGGAGCGGACGCAGACGCGGCAGAGGCGCGCGAAGGCGCGGACGGAGACGCGGAGGAAAACGAACUUCGGAACUCGGAAACAGGGUUCACGCCUCAGGACUUUUACGACUUCUCAGAAGAUGUUGCUGCGCUGAUGAACGCCUUCAUGGCGCCGCACAUCGAGGCUGUUGAGGCAGAGGCAGUUGCAGAGACUGUGCGCCUCUGCCUCGGAUUCCUCGACGACGCGGUCGCCCGCGCCAUGUUUGUUGCGUCGAGACUGAACUCCGGAGCGAGUGCGCCCGUUGCGCGGUCUUCUUUCUCCGGAAAACCAGACGCGUCGGGCUCUGCUAUCUCCUCGACCUCGUCGCUCGUCUGGGGGCCUGCAGGCCCGCCCCUGCGCCUCACGGGCGCCGCGUCCGCAGGGCCCGUCUCUUCGCUGGCGGCGCUGGGCAGCGCGUCCGCGGCUGCGCCUCUCGAGGCCGCUUCGCCUGAAGAGGAUGCGCGGCUCGAGAGGCCUCUCCUUGCGGAGCACUGCAUCCUCGCCUUCUGCAACGUGAGUCAACGCAAAUAUCAGCGAUGCCGACAAGUCCUGGACACCCACCGACAACUGCAGCAGCUGCUCGUCGCGUACGACGACCGCCGCUUCACGUCUGUGAAUCCGAUCCAUCCGCCAACCCCCGCCCCCCCUGCCGCGCCCAGCAAGGCGGCGACCGCCGGAGACAAGGGGACACUUGUCUCUCCACAGGCCCCGGUCGGGCCCCAGGCGCCCGUGGGCGGCGGCAAGCCCCGGACGGCAGGCGACGCGGGGCCGCCGAAGAUGGCAGUUGGUACUGCGCCCAAGACUCCGGAGGGGGGACAAGGACGCGAGAAGAAAGAAGAGACUCUAAAAAGCGCCUGA